CGGACUGCGACUCACCACUUCCAGGCAGCGACUCACACUUUAUUCACUGACUGUCUCUGAUUGUCUCAGUCACAAUGGUGAAAUCGACUCAAAUAGCACGGCUGGAUGGCCUCAUGCUCGCUGCCUCAGUCGACGAUGAGCAGGUAUGACUCUCUAUUGAGACAAUAGGCAUGUGCCCUACCAAUGACCUGACUCACAUGCUUGCCCAGGUCGAAUCAGAACUCUCAGAGGUCAAAUCCCAGGCCAAGAUGAUCUUCCGGAGGCUGAAUAGGAACUCGGAGCAACAAGCCAGCAUUGAGUCUGGUCAAUACGUUUUACACUACAUCAUCAAAGACAGUGUCUGCUUUCUAUGCAUCUGCGACAAGUCAUAUCCUCGAAAACUCGCCUUUACCUACCUCUCCGAUCUGGCUCAGGAGUUCACCACCGUCUACCCUUCGCAACAGUACCACUCGACCACCUUACGGCCCUAUGCCUUUGUCGAAUUCGACACCUUCAUCCAGCGCACCAAGAAGACCUAUCAAGAUAGCAGGGCGAGUGCAAACUUGGACAAGUUGAACGACGAGCUCAAAGAUGUCACAAAGGUCAUGACCAAGAAUAUCGAGGACCUUCUCUACCGCGGAGACAGUCUUGAGAGAAUGGGCGAGAUGAGCGGUAGACUGCGAGAGGACAGCAAAAAGUACAGGAAAGCUGCUGUGCGCAUCAAUUGGGAGUUGAUGUUGAAACAGUAUGGCCCUUAUGCGGGACUAUUCUUCUUCAUAAUCUUCUUCCUUUGGUGGAGGUUCUUCUGAGCCGGUGUCGGUAAACAGUGGCACGAGCCCGAGCAUUCUAAACGAACAUUGCAUCGCGAAUCACUUUAGCAAGCGAGCCUUCUCGAUACGGCAGUCAUAUCUCAUCUUCCUCUUCGUCAAAGUCAUCCUCGACUCCCAUAUCAUACAAAAUUCUGCCUCCUUCACCCCCGCCGCCCUUUUGUGCGUCAAAGUACGGGAGAACGACACCAUCGCGUUCCAAUCUCUGCCGCUCAGUCAGACCAAGUUCGAAUGUCAUCCCAGUCAGCUCCUGCUCGGAAGUAUCUUCUUCUUGCGGCUUUCGGAACAAAGGAUGGUCAUCAAGGAGAGUGACUAUCUCGCGAAAUGCCUGUACUCCCACACUCGACGAGAUAUUGGAACAUGUCGGCAGGAAAUACCACUCCAAUACGCCCCGUCCACUCUUCCGUCGAUGUUCCAACUCGAGAACUAGCCCUCGUUCUUCUACCUUGAGAUUAUGAUUGCUCCAUGUCUUUGGUUUCAACCCAACCAACACACCUUCUACUUCUUCGCCAAGACCAAAUGCUGGUGCCGCAAGUGAUCUGGCAUUUGCCGCCUUUUCCGUCAAAAGGAAAGACAAAGAAUGGAGCUUGAUGAUGGUUGUUGCCAGAUAGGAUAGUAGCGAGAGUGGCGGAGGAGAAUAUGAGUUGAAAGAAUUGGACACAUUUGUGGUCGGGAUAUCCAAGUGAUAGACUGCCACGAGAGACGUCUGUUGCUGCGGCUGUGACGGCUGGAGCAGGUUCGAGAGAAACUCGACCAAGUUGAUACCAGUGCCGGGGGUCUGCGGCUUCGAGCAUAGCGUUGUCAAUGAGUCAAUGAUGAUGAGAAACCCUGGCAGACACGAUUAGUAAAGGGUUUACCUGUCAUGCCUGGACUGACAUACUUUUCCCUGCGCCUGAUGACACAACCUUCUGAACGUCCCUCAAUAUCGUCUCAGACUUCUUGUCGCCGUAGCAUUCCACGAAGAAAUCGACAUCCUUGGGCUUUGUAAAGGUUUCGAAUGAUAGAAAGAUGACACUGGUCUUGGACAAUUUGGCCCUCCGAAUGUACUCCCGCAACAAUGGUUUUGCGGGCUGUUCCAGGCUGUCUUUGACAAGGGUGAACGGUGAGGCAGUAUCCCUUUGAUUCAAUAGUUUUGAG